AUGGCUCCGAUCCGCCCGAACAAGAAGUCAGCUAACACCACCAACAAGCCUUCUGGUGGGAAAGGUGCCGUUCCAUCCACCAAGUCGGCUUACUUCGAAGACGACUUUCGAACAACAAAAAGAGAUAAGCGUAUAAUCAAACAUGCCAGCUUCGUAUCAAAGAUUGAGAAGAGCUCCCAGAAGACCCCUAAGCGGCGUCGCGCAUCAAAGAAGCUCGUUGCCAAUCUCGAGUCGCUUGCCGAUGCCUUGCCUGAAACAGAAACGGAAAUGAAUGAUCCCAGCAGUCAAGUGAACAUCAUCAAGCAGAAAACUUUGCAACAUAAGCCAGGUGCGAUGAAACGCAGACAGAAGCUAGAGAAAGUGGAACGGGAUCGUUUCGCGAAGAACAUGGCACAGAUGGCGACCAUUCAAACGAAUGUGCAACCCGUCGCAGAGACUCAAAAUGAGCCCAGCUCCACUUCGAAUCGGUGGGCGGCAUUGCGAAACUUUAUCUCACAGACAAUGGAGCAGCAGCCCGCUUUUAAGACGAAGCCAUGA